AUGGAGAUAAUAGCAGUGUUUAGGAUUGAAACUAUAAACGAUGCCAAAGUCACCACCUACACGAAAAGUCAAAAGCUCAAGAAGUCAAGGUUGAACGCUAUCGAUUCGCUUCCUUUAUUUGCUCUGGAGGUAGUAAAAAUAGGACGUGGCAAAUAUUGUGACGUGAGAAUAGACAACCCUGUAAUCUCCCUCCAUCAUGCUACGAUAUGGUCAGUACAAUUCGAUUGUGAUACCCCACCCUUGGUCUACAUAAAUGACAAUUCGAGAAAUAGGUUGUUGCUUAACGACAAAGAUUUGCAUAAAGGGGAGACGAGGAUUCUAAAAGACGGGGACACUCUUGAAUUUAAAUCAGCUGCAAUCUUCACAUACGAAACAUUAGAAGUUGAUGAUGAUACCCAGGAUAAUUCAACAUUGACCAUUGACACAUGGAACAUUAGCGAUUCAUUAAUUGGAACAGGUUCAUUUGGUUCUGUAUUUGUUGCAUCUUCCUCCACAGAUUAUAAGCUAUAUGCUGUGAAAGUGUUGAAAAGUGGAAGCAAAAGUACUGAGUAUGAUCUUUUGCGUACUGUAAACCACCCCAAUAUUAUCAAAAUACAUGAAGCAGUUAUAAUCGAUUCGUCUAUGUACUUGUUUCAGGAAUUGGCAUGUGGUGGAGAUCUUUUCUCCUAUUUGGUAAAGGAUAAUCAUCUACGUGCAAUACCAGAACAAGAAGCCAUUUUUAUUGUUUUCCAAAUCAUGAAGGCCGUUCAAUUUCUACACAAUAACCUAAAGAUAGUCCACAGAGAUUUGAAGCUCGAUAAUGUUCUAAUGCAAAUUCCUUUACCCAAAUCUCGCAUAUAUAUAUGUGACUUUGGUAUAGCUAAAAAGUUGACGUGCUCACGCACAAACACUUCGGUCGGAACCAUCGAAUAUAGUGCACCAGAGGUCUUCAAUAUUGAUAGCAAGGGUAAAGUAUUCCAGCCUUAUAAUUACAAUUGUGAUUUAUGGUCCCUUGGUGUGGUUACACAUAUUUUGCUAACAGGGAUAUCACCAUUUUAUUCAGAACUGAAGGAACAAAUUUUGAUGAUGGCUCGUCGUGGACAAUUAAAUUUCGCAAAGAAGCAGUUUGUUCACAUUUCAAAAAAUGCCAAGGCUUUUUUAUCAGCUUUGCUUAGGGUAGACCCCCGGCUUAGAGUGGAUGCUAAUGACAGUUUUAAUUGUGCUUGGAUAGCAAGUAAUAGGGCCAAAUUGGAAAGAUUCUAUCGCGAAAGAAUUGCUGAUGCACAAAAUUGA